AUGGCGGCGGUCGUUGUUGUGCUCGUCCUGUGGGCCGCGCUGGCCGCCGCCCACCGGGCCCCCAACAUCCUGCUCCUCCUCAUGGACGACAUGGGGUGGGGCGACCUGGGGGUGUUCGGGGAGCCUUCUAGAGAGACCCCUAAUUUGGAUCAGAUGGCAGCAGAAGGGCUUCUUCUUCCAGACUUCUACACUGCCAACCCUCUCUGCUCUCCGUCCAGGGCUGCUCUGCUGACAGGCCGCCUCCCUCUCCGCAAUGGAUUCUACACCACCAAUGGACAUGCCAGAAAUGCCUUCACGCCCCAGGAAAUAGUUGGGGGAAUCCCAGAUUCUGAGGUACUACUUCCAAAACUGCUGAAGGAAGCAGGAUAUGUCAGUAAGAUUGUUGGCAAGUGGCAUCUGGGUCAAAGACCCCAAUUCCAUCCCUUGAAGCAUGGAUUUGAUGAGUGGUUUGGCUCACCCAACUGUCAUUUUGGACCUUAUAACAACAGUGUCAGGCCCAACAUCCCUGUUUACAGGAACUUGGAGAUGGUUGGCAGAUUCUAUGAAGAUUUUCCAAUUCAGCAGAACACAGGAGAAUCCAAUCUAACCCAGAUCUACCUACAGGAAGCCCUCAGUUUCAUUGAGAGACAACAUGGCAAUCAGCAGCCCUUCUUUCUGUAUUGGGCCAUUGAUGCUACCCACGCGCCUGUUUACGCUUCAAAACCUUUCUUGGGCACCAGCCAGAGAGGACGUUAUGGGGAUGCAGUGCGGGAAAUUGAUGACAGCAUUGGAAAAAUCCUGAAAUUCCUUCAGAAACUGGGUAUCAGUGAGAACACAUUUGUGUUUUUCACAUCGGAUAAUGGAGCUGCUCUCAUUUCAAGUCCAGAGCAGGGAGGCAGUAAUGGCCCCUUUCUCUGUGGGAAACAAACCACCUUUGAAGGUGGCAUGAGAGAACCAGCCAUUGCCUGGUGGCCGGGACACAUAGCUGCCGGACAAGUGAGUCACCAGCUGGGCAAUGUGAUGGAUCUCUUCACUACCAGCCUGUCCCUGGCGGGUCUAAAGCCUCCCAGCGACAGGGAGAUUGACGGCAUUGACCUUCUACCUGCCAUCCUGCAGGGCAAGUUGAUUGACAGACCAAUAUUCUACUACCGAGGCAAUGAAAUGAUGGCGGUAAGAGUUGGGCAAUAUAAAGCUCACUACUGGACAUGGAGCAACUCCUGGGAGGAAUUCAGCAAGGGUAUUGAUUUCUGUCCUGGACAGAACAUCUCAGGAGUGACAACCCAUUUCCAGGAAGAACAUACCAAAGUACCUCUGCUCUUCCACCUCGGCAGAGACCCAGGAGAAAAAUACCCGAUCCGGGUGUCUAGCACCGAGUACCAGGAUGCCCUUCUUAAAAUCUUCCCCAUCGUCGAGCAGCACAAGGAGGCCAUGAUCCCCGGCCAGCCGCAGCUCAACGUGUGCGACCAGGCCGUCAUGAACUGGGCGCCUCCAGGCUGUGAGAAAUUAGGGAAGUGUUUGACACCGCCAGAAUCCCAACCGGAGAAGUGCAUCUGGCCCCACUAGCCACCGUUCCGGCGCACGGAAUCUGCGGCAGAAGGCGAAACAGCAAGCCGACCAAGCGCGUGCCGUUUUGGCGCGCGACUUGCCACAAGGAGAGCAAGAAUCAUGAAACGGCCAGUUGUUACGAUGGUGUUUCACUGGGUUAUAGCAAUAAUCAUAUUAACUUGAGCCUCCCUGGUGAGAGGUUCGUGUUGGAGGUGUUAUUACCCAGGGUUACAAUCUUCCGAAAUAUUUUUAAGACGGGCAGGAUUUCGGCCGAGCGGAAUCACCAUCCUGAGGAAUCAGUCAGGCAACCAUGGUGCUUCCCGAGUUCUUACUGCGUGCAGAGCACUGUGCUCUGUGGUUGGGCGAGUACUAAACAUUUGGAAGGCUUUGGCCAUGUCGAAUUCCCCCCCGUGUGUUCUUUCCCUGUGCUCAGUACAGUGCUCUUCGUACAGGACGUGCUUAAUAAAUGCCUUAACUACUACUCCCGCUGCUCACAAGGAGCUUACACCAAAUAACUUCCACUGCCAGAUGAUGAAAAAGCCACCAGCCUUCCCCUCAGCGCCUUCCUGGGGUUUCUUCACACCUAACCUCUGAAAUCAGGUGGCCGUAGAGGAGGAAAGGGAUCAUUUUGCCUAUCCUGAAAUCCAGAGCAAUGGCCACCCUCCUGCGUCGGCUGUACGUCUAGUAGAUACAAUACCAAAGGUGAGGUUUUUUUGUACCUUACGUUGAAUUCAUGUGGUGCCUUUCCUUUUAAGAGCCCAAAGCCCCCUCGUGAAUGGUACCCCCCUUAUCUACAGAACAUCAUCAUCAUCAUCAGUGGUAUUUAUUGAGUGCCUACUCUAUGCUGAGUACUGUACUAAGCCCUAAAAGAGGAAGGUAGCUAUCCUGAUUAUUUGACGCCGUUCCUUGUGAGCUCAGAACUUGCACUCGGGUGCCUUGUGGGGUUGUUUACUUGCUCUGAUGUCCGUCUCCCCCCUUCCAGACUGUAAGCCCAGUGCGGGCAGGGAUUGUCUCUAUUGCUGAAUUGUACCUUCC